AUGCCGACAGGUGGUGCCUCCCUCCCAGACACUUCAGGAGGGCGACGGUGGGGCGGCGAGAUGGUGGGCGACGCGCUGGAGCCGGUGCGGGGGUUCGUGGUGGGCGGCCAGGACGCCGCAGAGAACGAGUUCCCCAGCCAGCUGUCGGUGCAGGUGCAGCGGCCGGAAGAGCCGCCCUCGUACCGCCACGCGUGCGGAGGCGUCGUGCUCAACCAGUACUGGGCGCUCACCGCGGCCCACUGCAUCGCUUCUCGCCUUCAGGACAUGAGCUUGUUGUCGGUGCUGUCCGGCACGACACGGCUUCACGAGGGCGGCACGCGACACAAGCUGCAGGCGGCCGUCGUCCACCCGGGCUACGACGGCGACACACUGCUGCACGACAUAUGCAUCCUCAAGGUUGCGGAGCCGUUCCAGCUGGACGGCGUGAAGGUCGCCGCAGCGACGCUGCCGCAGCAGGGGCAGCCCGUGCAAGACGGAGCCGUCGCCACCGUCGUCGGUUGGGGGCUCUUGCAGGGUGACUCGGGCGGCCCGCUGUUCGUCGACGACGUGCUGGUGGGGCUGACGUCGUUCUCGUACGGCUGCGCCCGGCGCAACUUCCCUGCCGUCUUCACGCGUGUCGCCUCCUAUGUUGACUGGAUAAUGCAGCACAUACAGUGAGAAAAGUGCAGCACUGGGUGAC